UCAAUGGACGCUAUGAAGGUCAUUGCUUACAGCCGUUCGAACUGGCAUCUCUGAAAUUCUCUCGUGAUUUUAACCGCGCGAGGCUAGGUCCUGACGUAGUAGUUAGCUUGAUGUCUGUGAAGGUGGUGGUGAAGCUGGACCUGCACGACCCCAGGCGGAAGCGGAAGGCGAUGAAGGCUGUCUCCGAUCUCUGUGGUAUCGACCAGAUCGUCGUGGACAUCAAGGACGACAAGAUGACGAUCGUGGGCACGGCCGACCCCGUCGACGUCGUCCGCAAGCUGCGCAGGCGCUUCUGCACGGUGUAUAUGGUCUCCGUUGGCCCGGCGAAAGAGGAGAAGAAGAAGGAGGUCUCCAUCGGCCCGGCCAAGGACGAGGAGAAGAAGGACGAGAGCACGCUCGCCCCAGUGUACUUGCCGCACUGCUGGUACCCGCCGCCUCACCCGCACCCGUGCUACUCCUUCGUCCACACCGAGGAGGACCCCGGGUGCGUCAUCUGCUGA